CACGAUCGUCUUUCGCCAAAGUCACGAACGUUAGCAGUCAGUAACAUUCGUCAGCUUGCGCUCAUGUAUCCUUAAAAGCAAUAUUAAGAAACGAUAUGCAGGUUUUAUCUUUCUAGCAUCAAAUUUAUGCCAACGAUUCAGAAUAAGAAGAUCGAAAGAUUAAGCGAAGGAAAGGCGGAGAAGUAAAGAACAAGAGGUAGAAAAUCAUUGACCGGUCGAGACCUCAGGUAGCUUGAACAUAUUCUGAAACCUGUUUCUCUCUAGUGCCAUUUAUAGCUCUCCUUCAAAAAGUGUAACAUUUAGUGAUAAAACUUUUUAAAGUAUAUGUGUACACGUGCAAAAUAUAUACAUUUGAUAAACAAAUAGAAUAUAAUAAUGUACACGCGAGUGAAACAAUAUUUCGGACGCGGGGCAAUAAAGAAAUUUCACAUCAUUCGAUCCUGUUCGACUAAUUCGAGUCAUGUUGACAGAAAUGAAUCGAAACCUUUCGAGGAUAUUCCAGGACCGAGAUCUUUGCCCAUUAUUGGCACGUUAUACAAGUAUCUGCCUUUCAUCGGUGAAUACAGUUUCGUGAAAUUGUAUAUGAAUGGUUUAUUGAAACUAAAACGAUACGGAUCUCUAGUGCGAGAAGAAAUAGUACCAGGUCAAUCGAUAGUAUGGGUUUUUGAACCAGAAGAUAUCGAGAAAAUUUUUAAAGCUGAAACAGGCUUACAUCCUAAGAGAAGGUCUCACCUGGCACUUCUUAAAUAUAGAACAGAUAGAAGUAACAUCUAUAACACUGGAGGUCUUUUAACUACAAAUGGCACUGAAUGGUGGAGACUGCGCCGUGAGUUUCAAAAAGUCCUUAGUAAACCACAAAAUGUUAUCGAUUAUCUGGAGGAUACUGAUCUCGUUGUUCAAGAAUUUGUACGACUCUGUGCCUAUGAAAAAACCAAUGAUUUUCUGUCAUUAUUUUCGCGUCUUUUCCUUGAAUUGACGUGUCUCGUCGUUUUCGAUAUAAAAAUGGAGAGUUUAUCGGAAAAAGAAAGACAUCCAAAUUCCCGAAGUUCAAGACUUAUUGAUGCAGCAUUUUCAUCAAACAGCGCAACUCUGAAACUUGAUAAUGGUCCAAUGCUUUGGCGAUUUUUCGAAACGCCUUUGUAUAAAAAACUGAGAAAAGCCCAAAAUUACAUGGAAGAAGUAGCGCUAGACAUAGUUGCUCAGAAAUAUCAGGACACGUCAAUCUGUCAAAAAUCACUUCUUCAACAGUAUUUCAAAAAUGAAAAUUUAGAUUUUAAAGAUAUUGUGGGUAUGGCAUGUGACAUGUUGCUCGCCGGUGUGGAUACCACGACAUAUACCACAGCAUUCGCUUUGUAUCAUCUUGCAAAAAAUACAAAUGUCCAAGAAAAGCUGCGAUCAGAAGCUACAGCUUUAUUGAAAGAUGGCACUUCUCCAAUAACAGCAGAGACUUUGAAGAAUGCCACAUAUACUAAGGCUGUAUUAAAAGAAACUUUUCGCAUGAAUCCAAUUUCAGUUGGAGUAGGGCGUAUUCUGCAAACCGACGUGGUUCUUAGCGGCUAUCACGUUCCUCAAGGAACGCUAGUUGUCACGCAGAAUCAAGUAAUUUGUCGACUUCCCGAAUAUUUCGAUGAACCAAAUUCAUUUAUACCAGAAAGAUGGUUACGUGAUAGUAACAAUAAAAUAAAUCAGAUAACGAGAGAAAAAUCUUUAAGUCCAUAUAUAGUACUGCCUUUUGGUCAUGGCCCGCGAUCGUGCAUCGCGAGACGAUUCGCGGAGCAGAACUUGCAAGUCCUCUUACUGCGAAUAUGCAGAAACUUGAAGUUUACAUGGUGUGGAAAAUCUGAUCUUGGUUCACUUUCGUUCCUAAUAAAUAUACCUGAUGGACCGAUUAAAAUAAAAUUCGAAAAUUUACAUGCGUAGAAAAGUCAAGUUAUUGGGAUUAUAACACAUUUUUGUGAAAAUCAGAAAACAACAGUUUAUUAGAACAAAAUUGUUUCUUGAUUUAUCCACAAAAUAGAUAGAAAUUAUUGUAAGACUUAUAAUACGUUAAUAUUAAAUUAUCAGACAUGAAAAUCAAA